AUGGCAAACAGUCUCCAGAUAGAACCCUUCUCAAUUGAUAAAGAGGAUGUUGUAAUAGUUAAACCCUCAAAACCAACUCCUUCAGAUGUUCUUUCUUUAUCCACGAUUGACAAUGAUCACAAUCUUGAGAUCCUUUGUCAAACCAUUUAUGUGUACAAAGCUGCAAAUAACAAUAUAUCUUCAAAUGGAAGUGUCAAUGGUACUGAUCAUGAUCAUCCAACUUCAAACCAUAGUGCUAACUGGCAAGCAGCUGAUCCAGCUUGUGUGAUCAAAGAGGCACUCUCUAGGGUUUUAGUCUACUACUAUCCCCUAGCUGGGAAGCUAAAGAGACAAAAGAGCAACGGAAGACUUCAACUCACAUGCACCGCUGAUGGUGUGCCUUUCCUGGUCGCAACAGCAAACUGUGAGCUCUCUUCGCUUCAGUAUCUAGAUGGGAUCCAUGUUGAAAUUGCCAACAAGUUCGUCUUCAAUAUGCCUGCUCAUCCUGAGGGUGAUGAUGAUGGAAAUCACCCUCUACUGCUGCAGGUGACUAAAUUUUCAUGUGGGGGCUUCACAAUUGGAAUGGGUGUAUAUCACUCAGUUGUUGAUGGUUUUGGCGCAGCCCAGUUCUUCAGAGCCAUGGCUGAGCUUGCAAGCGGGAAAAGUGAGCCAUCUGUGAAACCUGUUUGGGAGAGAGAGAGACUGCUGGCAAGAAUACCCACUGUUCAAGCAGGCACAGUGUCUCCUGAUCUUGAAGACUUCACUGUGUUUAAGGUUUCCAAAGCAACUUCACCAUAUCUGCCAACCACAGACCUUGUGCAUGAGUGCUUCUACGUGAACAAUGACAGCAUAAAGAGACUAAAAAAGAGCUUAAUAACAAAGAGAAGUACUGGGAAUAAUGAGAAAGUCGCCUUAGAAGAAAGUCUCACAACUCUUGAGGUCCUUAGUGCCUAUGUGUGGAGAUCUAGGUUUCGAGCUCUAAAAUUAAACUCAGAUGGAAAAACUAUCCUCAGUUUCACUGUGGGGAUUAGACGCAUAUUGGAUCCUACUUUGCCUAAUGGUUACUACGGGAAUGCUUUUGUUUCCUCACAUGUGGUUCUUUUGGGAAGGGAUUUGGAUAAAGGACCACUCUCCAGUGUGGUGAGAAUGAUCAAAGAAAGCAAAAAAAAGGCUUGUAACACAAACUACAUCAGAAACUCCCUAGCAAUGUUGGAGUGGAUCAGAGAACAAAACGUGGUGUUUACUGGUGAUGGUGCAUCCAUGGUUUUGACAGACUGGAGGCAACUGGGUCUGUUUGAGGAAGUAGAUUUUGGAUGGAAAGCAGUGGUAAACAUGAUACCAGUGCCAUGGAACAUGUUUGGGUAUGUGGAUUUGUGUAUCUUCAUGCCUCCUAGCAAUUUGGAUCCAUCAACUAGAGGUGGUGUGAGGGUAUUUACUUGCCUUCCCAAAGCUGCCAUGGCCAAGUUCAGGGAAGAGAUGGAUGCUCUGAGCAAGAUUGGAAAUGAAGAUCAUAGUGCUUUGGCUUGA